AUGGCUACAGAAGCAGAAGCCCAAGUCCAACUCCAGGACUUCCAGAACAUCUUCUCUCUCGAAGGCAAAGUCGCCGUUGUCACAGGCGGUUCCCGAGGCCUGGGACUCCAUGCGGCCAGCGGCCUUCUGCAAGCGGGAGCAUCAAAAGUAUACAUCUCAUCGCGCAAAGCAUCGGCAUGCGAAGAGGCAGUUGCCGCACUCAAUGCGCUCCCCAACAAGAGGCCAGGUGCGCAGGCUAUUGCUGUCCCCGCGGACGGCUCCAAAAUGGCGGAAUUAGAUCGCCUUGUUGCCGAAGUAUCCAAGACGACGGAUCACGUUGAUAUCUUGUUUGCGAACGCGGGUGCGACUUGGGGUGCGCCGUAUGAUGAGUAUCCCGAGAAUGCGUUUAGUAAGGUGAUGGAUUUGAAUGUUAAGGGUGUUUUCUAUACUAUCCAAAAAUUCACCCCCCUCCUCGAGAAGAGAGCUACCCUUGAAGACCCCUCACGAGUCAUCAUCACCGCCUCCGUUGCAGGUAUUGGCAUCGGCACCGUCGGUGCUCACGGAACUUAUGCCUACUCCGCUUCCAAAGCCGCAGCCAUCAGUCUGGCGAAAACUCUCGCUGUUGAAUUGGGUCCGCGACAUAUUUUGACCAAUGCCGUUGCCCCAGGCUUCUAUCCUUCCAAGAUGGCGAAUGGAUUGAUGGAGUUGGCCGGUGGAGUAAAGACGUUGGCGGCACAGUCGCCGAAUGGACGUGUUGGUCACCCGGAGGAUAUUGCGGGAUUGGUAGUUUUCUUGUCAAGUCGUGCUGCGUUGCAUAUUAACGGAGAUAUUAUUACGACGGACGGAGGCCGGUUGUUAGGUGGGUAUAAGCUGUAG